GUGGUAAAUAUUACUCUUGCCAAUAGUGUACCAUUUACUUAAUAUGUAAGUCAGCACGUUUAAUUAUAUAAUAAUGAGUAAAAUUAACCCACACUACCUAAUUAUUUAUAGUAAUAACUGCAAACUAAAAAAACUUUGUAAUAUAUACCCAAAAAUGUUGGCCUGUCUGUUAGAGCAAGAGCUAUUUGGGGCACAUUUUCGUUGGGCGAGCUGGAUUGUGGAAGUUGACUACAUUGUCAAGCUUCAGUCAUGCCGAGAGGAGGUGGUGACUCUCUGCUCAGCUAUCAGUGUCUUCAAAGAGAGGAGGCCAGCUUUAUUCACUGAGACUCAAGUAAGAAUAAAAUGCUGGUCAUUAAAAUGCAUCUCUUUACAGUCUCAGAGUAUUGAGAAUAAAAGGGAUGCAGUGCUCUCCUGCCUCAUUGAGUACCUAGGGGAGCCACAAGAAGAGCUCUUCCAAGACUCCCAGUUAAACAUGAAAAAUGACCAGGAGGGCCAAACAGAACAAACUAUGAAGGUGCUUUUGAUCCAUAACCCCAUGGCUGAGGACGAUCCAGUAGACGUAUCUAUUGUGAUAGAGGGCAUCCAACUGAUCAGUGGGUGUGGAUACAAAACCAAGGCAUGCAUGUUGUUGAUAGGAUUAAUAUAUGCCCUCAACCUUGAAUAUCCCAAGAAGCUCAAGAACUUCUUUUGGAGCUAGAUGGGGUCAAUUGUCUCAAGAAGGUUCACAGCCUCAAAAUUAAACUCAUGGAAUACACUGUUGUUGUUGUUAAUGUCAAAAUGUUGAAAUUUCUCAUUGUAUACAGUGUCUCAGGAUACAGUAAUUGGUAAAUUUCAAAUAGAUGUUUUUUAUUUGAACAAAUAGGCUUCCUAAGUUUAAUUAAUGAACAAGUAGACACACUAUUUGAGCAAUGUUAGCCUAUUUUUUUGUAUUUUUAUA